CCCACCCCCCAUGCUCAAAGCACGUGUAUAAACGCCCUGUUUAUCUAAUACUCUUUCACAGUCUCUGGAGUUGGAAAUUCACCAAACGCUACAAAAUUUUGACAGCAAGUUUCAGUUUGGGGCCUUAGGGAUAGACAUUUGAACAAUGCUAUCUUUCCUUGCCAUUUUCCAUACUUUUGUCCUUGUGUCACCCAUGGUAACCACCCGUCCAAAUCCUGAUCAGGUUGUCCAAAAAUGGGAUUCAAAUGCAUGUACACUGGUUGUAUGUGCACCUGCUCAGAAUGGAUUACCGGGAAGAGAUGGAAAAGAUGGUCUUAAAGGAGAAAAGGGAGAUAGAGGACUAAAUGGUCUUCCAGGAAAGGCUGGGUCCCCUGGACCAAAAGGUGAUCAAGGCCCAGCGGGUGAACGGGGACCAAAAGCAGAGUGUUGCGUCACUGAAGUCAAGCAUCUCCAAAAUCAAAUUAGAAAUCUACAGGGACAGCUGAAAUCAUUGCAAGAUAUUAUCAAUAAAAAGCAUAAAGUUGAAGAUUUCAUAAAUGGGAGUCAAAUCAGUGAAAAAUUAUUUGCUGCCAAUGGUUCUGCUGGUGACUAUAAAACUUCAAAAGCCACAUGCUCUCAAGCUGGAGGUCAUCUUGCCUCUCCAAGGACUUCAUCUGAGAAUGGUGCCAUACAACGGAUAAUACAGCGUUAUAACAAAGCAGCAUACCUUGAUAUAAAUGACAUGGAAACAGAAGGCAUAUUUAAGUAUCAAAGCAUGGAAGUAAUAGGAUAUGCAAACUGGGCUCCUGGAGAACCAAAUGAUACCGGAGGAGGAGAAGAUUGUGUAGAAAUGUAUACAGAUGGUAGAUGGAAUGACCGAUCAUGUGAAGAAGAACGGUUAAUAAUUUGUGAAUUCUAGUUUUAAUCUCUCUGCUUGCCUAUACACAUGCUCCGGGGUCAUGAUGGUGGGGCGGCAUUUUAAUUAGAGUGGCUAUUGGGAGCCACU